AUGGGGUGUGAACUGAUACAGUCGGACAGACUUCAUUGCAUAUUGGAAGGGCACUGGUACUCAGUUUACAACCGAAGUCCCAUAAACGGUGUCUGUCCACAACUCAACAUCAAAGUUGGUGAUGGAAGUGUGAAUGUAGUGGAAAGUUUGGGAAAUAAUACGGUAUUCAGUGAGAAGUUCGUGCCGGACAGUCAUUUAAAGGGCAGAUUAGAUAAGGUGGUGUGGAAGGACACCUAUAGAGUUGAAUUAUCAGACCAGUGGUCGAUCUAUAGUCGGACCCCUAACCCGAGUGCGGAUAGUGUGGCAAAAAGUGUGCAAAGAUUGAUGGAUACCAGAGCUGUCAAUGCUAAUGGGGAACUGGGAUAUCAUUGCUACCAAUAA